GGGUGUCGUGAGGCGGGCGCCGGGGUGAGAGCGCCGAGGGCCUCAGCCGGGUCGACCGUGGUGUCAUCUGUCUAGGGAGCGGCUUCCCCGCCAACGGCACGGCCAUGGCUGGAGCGCUGGUGCGCAAAGCGGCGGACUACGUCCGGAGCAAGGACUUCCGGGACUAUCUCAUGAGUACGCAUUUCUGGGGCCCAGUUGCCAACUGGGGUCUCCCCAUUGCUGCUAUCAAUGACAUGAAGAAAUCUCCAGAGAUUAUCAGUGGGCGGAUGACUUUCGCCCUCUGUUGCUAUUCUCUGACAUUCAUGAGAUUUGCCUACAAGGUACAACCUCGAAACUGGCUUCUGUUUGCAUGCCACGUAACAAACGAAGUGGCUCAGCUCAUUCAGGGAGGACGACUUAUCAACUACGAGAUGAGUAAGCGGCCAUCUGCAUAGCAGUGCAAGGACCAGCUCUUGAAAGGGACAGUGCUCCAGCCACUGCUGCAGCCACAGAUCAUGUCAGCAUGAACAGUCGUGCUGAGGGGAAAACACAGAACGCUAUCUUUAAUGACCAUGCCAACAUUAUUGAAUAGCUGAGAGUCCCUAAACCAACUCUCUGCUGCCUUAUCAAUGCUAAACUUUAUUUGUCUUCAUCAAGAGUAGUUCAAAAUAUGUAACUAAUUUAAUAAUUUUGAAUGAUGGUUUUAUCUAUAGCAAUCUGUAGUAAUAUGUAUAUUAUCUAUUGGGAUUUGUGUAAUAAAAAAAUCUAAGGCAACAAAAUUUUAUAACUACAAGCACUUAAGUACUCAAAACUCUUGACUUUUUCUUUAAAGACAAUAGUAAACCCUCAGUUGGUCACAUGUCUACACAUAAUUUCCAGUGAUAACAAGUAUCGGUGUUUUCCAUAUGUAACUCAGAUCUGUAACUUAAUGGCAAUAAAUGGUUUAAAUAUUUGCUA